AUGCAACAUGAUCCUGAAUUACAAAAUGAAGUUGUUUCUAGAACUAUGUUGCAUACUGGCUUGCUCAACAUCAAAAACGGACUAAUAUUUGCUGCUAGGUUGAAUAUUAGUGGAAAUCUGACACCGUUGCAACUUGAAUUCCUGACAUUCAAAAUUGACAUUCUCCUGGUAUUGAAUACACUGGUAUACAUCGCAUUUGUCUUCACAUUGUUGAAUAAGGAUGUUGACGCUUAUAGAAACGCAUUGGUGAUUCUAUCAAUCUUCUUCCUAUUAAUUGUAUUCAAUACAAUACAAUCAUUAAUGCAAUUAGUAGGGGAAGAGCUAACUACAAGUACCAUCUUAUACAUAUUACUAUUUGUAGUGUUAAUUACCGAGAUGUAUUUCGCAGUGGUAUUCUACAAGAGAAUCGGAUUUUACUCAAUAAGCUACAUUUCAUCACAUACAAAAACUCUCAAGAUUAUUGAUGCAUAUCAAAAGAGGAGCAAAGUAUUUGGACUGCGUAUCGGAUAUUCAAUAUUGCUAGCAUCUAUACUGUAUGUAUUGCUGGCCGAACUCUUAUUGCUAGUAUCAUUCAAAGACAUCACAGUUAUUGCAGAAAGUCGAAUUCUUAAUCAUGCAGGUGCUUUUAGCAUCAGGUUUGUAGGCUUUGUACUUGAUUUAUCAAUACUGCUCACUAUUUCGUUAAGGUUCAAUGAAGAGAAUAGAAAACAGAGGCAUAUUUUAAUAUGUCUUGUAAUUACCCAAAUACUCCUCACAUGCACUAUUCUCACAUUACAGGCAAUAAUUCUCAAAGGUGAGUUUACACAGUAUGAUACUGGUAUAAUAAUUGCAGUGAUUUAUGAUUCUUAUUCCAUUGUUGUGAUAUGGCAAGAAUCAAAAGUAUUGGGUACUGGACUAAAAGAAAUACUCAAAGAUACCUCACGAGACACCACAAGAUUUCCACUGUAA